CCAUUACUCCGUAAGCCCAAAAUCCAAAUAAAAAAUCAGCCUACUGUAUACGUUGCUGGAGCCGCUGCCUUCUGGAAUCAGAGACACCUCGCAAAAAUCAGCCUUCUACCUUCGAUCGACCCGUCGGAAAUCAGCAUCACCUUCGCGGCCAGUUGCUGGUUCUUCUCCCGCCAGCCGCCGCCAGCACUCCAGGAACAUUUGUAAAGAAAUUGCUUAUAUUAUGUAUAGAUAGAAGAUAGAUGAAGUUUCAACCAGUUACAGAGCAUGACGCUAUCAGUUUGUAGGACCUUUUUGCGUUCUUUUUGUUCAUCUGAUGCAACCACCACUUUGCUUCAUUCCCUAUCUGGUUCUGCAGCUUUGAAUGUAUCGUCUACAAAAUAUCUUGGUUUCGCUAAGAAUGCCACAAUUUUCCAUGCCUUACAAAGAUAUACAACCUCCGCCCCGACUCCCAAUUCAGGUGAAGGUGAAUUCCCCCCAGAUUUAUUGACAAAGAAGUGUGUUACGGCACCUGAACGUGAAAUUGGACUCUGUCAAGAUCUGGUUGUUCCAGUAACAGACUUCCAUAAUGGAGAUAGAGGCUUAAUGGUGUUAGCUGGUGAUGUUUUUGAUGUACCCAUUAGGAAGGACAUUAUACAUCGUGUUGUGAGAUGGCAGCUUGCCAAACGUCAACAGGGAACUCAUUCAACUAAAACUAUUAGCGAGGUCAGUGGGACAGGAAGGAAGCCUUAUCCACAGAAGGGUACUGGUCGAGCAAGGCAUGGAACACUCCGUGGCCCUCAGUUUCGUGGCGGCGCUACUAUGCAUGGCCCAAAGCCCAGGAGUCAUGCUAUCAAGCUGAACAAGAAGGUUCGUCGGUUGGGUCUCAAGAUUGCUUUAUCCGCUCGUGCAGCAGAGGGAAAGCUGAUGGUAUUUGAGGAUAUGGAUAUACCUUCACACAAAACCAAGAAUAUCGUCAGUUAUGUCCAGAAAAUGGAGAAUACCAAGAAAGUCUUGCUUGUUGAUGGGGGCCCCAUCAGUGAAAACCUGAAGCUAGCCACUCAGAAUCUGCAUUAUGUCAAUGUGUUGCCUUCGGUUGGUUUAAAUGUUUACAGUAUUCUUCUACAUGACAGAUUAGUAAUGUCGCGUGAUGCAGUAAAUAAGAUAGUCGAGCGGAUGCACACUCCGAUUAAUCGCUAGAGGAGCUUAUCAAGACGAUGAUGAAAUGCGGGUAUUGUUAUUCUCAAAUGAUAUAUAAACACACAUCUGGUUGAGUAGGGUUGGCGUUUCUGGCCCAUUGGUUGAACGAACUGCUUGCACACUUGGGAUGCCCUUUGUACUCCCAGGUCCUAAUUUAAGUUCUUCGCACCUUAAUUAUUUUUUAUUUAAUUUAUUUCAAAAGUGGUGUAGAACUAAAAAAAAGAUUAUGUACUCUGAAAAUCCACAUGGUUUUAGGAAUAACCUCAGGAUCACAUUCAUCUCUUGAGAGUUUGCAAGUUAUCGUCGUUCGAACUCUUGAUCCCUAUGAAUAUUAGAAAUCAAACUUUUAGAAUUCUUCAUCUCUUUCAAUCUUAGAGAUUAAACCCUUUUUUUCACUCGUAGCAUAUUUGGCCAAUGAGAUAAAAAUUUGUACUCGUAAGAAACAUUGUUUGAUCUC